GCGCCGUCGCCGUGGUAACCGCGGAAGCCUGGGCCCUGGGUGAGGUAUUUUUUGGAGUUAAUGGAGUCAGAAGAAACUGUAGAAUCAGAGAGUUCAGAAAAGUCACUAUUUUCCUCACAGCAAGAAUAUGAAGAAUCCCAAGAAGAAGAUGAAACAGGCGCUGAGAACCCCCUUCUUCAGCCUGCUCUCACAGGGGAUGUAGAAGGUUUGCAGAAGAUUUUUGAGGAUCCUGAAAAUCCUCACCAUGAGCACGCCAUGCAGCUGCUUUUGGAAGAAGACAUUGUUGGGAGAAAUCUGUUAUAUGCAGCUUGCAUGGCUGGCAAAAGUGACGUAAUUAGAGCCUUGGCGAAGUAUGGGGUGAAUCUGAAUGAGAAAACUGCCAGAGGGUACACAGUCUUACACUGUGCUGCAGCCUGGGGCCGCCUGGAGACUCUGAAGGCCCUAGUGGAACUGGAUGUUGAUAUAGAAGCUUUGAACUUCCGGGGAGAGAAAGCUCGAGACGUUGCUGCUCGCUAUUCUCAGAUUGAAUGUGUUCAUUUUCUGGACUGGGCAGAUGCAAGGCUGCUUCUGAAAAAAAUUAUUACAAAGUCCUCUCUCAUCAUUACUGACCCAGAAAAGGGACCAGGGAAACUCCUCAAGGAAGACAAGAAUGCCAUCCUCAAUGCGUGCCGUCUGAAAAACGAGUGGUUGGAAAGCCAUCCAGAAGCUUCCAUCAGUGAGCUUUUUGAGCAGAAACAGCAAUUGGAAGAUAUCGUGUCCCCCAUCCUAGCAAAAAUGUCUACACCACGUCAAGUGAAAAGUGCCAGAUCAAUAACCUAAACCGUGGUCAGCAGAGAAAUCAACAAUGUACCUUCUACAGAUGCCACACGGUGUAGAAGGCUACAUUACGUUUCAGUAUUAAAUAAGACAAACCCGUUCCUGCCAAAUUCAAGAACUAGAUCCAGGGUUUUGCAGAAAUGUCUGGGUACAAAUUCAGUCACUUGGCUUUGUGUUAGACUGUUCAGAAUACUUACACCUGGCUCAGGGGCUGGGCCUCUGCUCCUCCAAGCAAGGAAGAGCUGAGCGAGGCUUUAAAGACCACGCAGAGAAGCUAAUAGUUUUCUGUGUAACUGAGGCAAGAAAUUUCCACUUGACUAGGGAAUUCCGUUUUUAAAAGAUGCAUUAAGCCAUUUGUAAAAGAAAAGCACUUGUUCCCUCUUUCAAAAGACAAAUACUAAGAAUUGUUUGGGGGUGGGGUCCUCUGGUUUUAGCUGUCUGAAUUAAAAUUCACCUGGAAGGUGGGAUAUAGUUUAUGAGAAAAGCCCACAAAUCUGUUGUUUUCCCUCUCAGGAGUUUGGUAAUAUACUGUAACUGCCACCAAACUGCUUCCCACUGGUCUCUUACAUUGCCUAUGUUUUGAAGGUCAUGGCUACAGAAAGGAUCUUCAGAAUGUACUUUUGCUAGUCAAGUCAAGCAGGACCCUGAACUUCCUAUUACUUUGUGACUUUCUGGGGAAGUUUUUAUAAAAAAUAAAAAAUAUAUAUUUUAAAAGGAGAGAAUCACUUUAUCACUUUCUCCUCUUUGUCUUGCUAUGCAAACUAUUUUUCACUUUAGAGGAGAAAGAAAACAAGAGAGCCAUUCAGUCAUACUCGUCAGACAAUGUUCUCUUGGUCACGCUAUUGAGGUCAUCUUGUUUGAAAUGUUUCCCCAAGUUUCCACUUUUGAGAUCUUUUCUCUCUAUGAGCAAUUGCCAUUUGGCUUCCUUCAGCAGAAACACAAACACUAUGACAUCUCUGUGACACCCAGAGUACUCACUGAUCAUGUUUGGCAGAGAUCUUUUAGGACAAUCUUUCAAGAUACUUGGUUCACAUCAGCACUGAGAUGAUUAGGAAGAGCCUAGGUGCCAUGGCGGGGUGUUGUCAUUUUUAUUCUAAGCCACAUUUUCUGAACCUUGAUCAUGAACACAACAGUGGUUUCUAGGUCUCUGCUCCUGGUAAGUAGGAAGGGGGUCUAGAAACCCACUUUUAUUCCCAGGUAAGACAGAAGCAUUUUUAACUGUCUACUAGAACAACUUCUCUCUUCCUCUUUGCCUCACAACCUGUCCUCAGACGUUUUAUAGCCUUUGAUACACGUGUUAACACAGUGUUUGUACAGUCCCUCGGAUUGGCACCUUCAUAUCAAGUUUUUUAUAAUCUCCUUUUCUAACUCUACACCAGCUUCUCUCCUUCUUGACCCUCAUUGUCAGAUCCUCUCAGGAUUCAAUUUAGAUUCUUGGUGGGACAAUAGUGGUUGUCAUCCCAUGACCACCCCCAUCUCCAAUAUUACAACGAUCUAACUUUUCCUUCUUUGGGGGCAUUUACAGUGCCAGAAACCUCCUCCUGUGUCCUGUGUAGUAAAGCCUCCUCCUGUGUCCUGUGUAGUAAAUCCUCCUUCUGUGUCCUAUGUAAUAAAGCCUCCUCCUGUGUCCUGUGUAGCAAAGCCUCCCUCAUUCUGUGUCCUGUGUAGUAAGUCCUCCUUCUGAUUCUGUGUCCUGUGUAACGAAGCCUCCCUCAUUCUGUGUCCUGUGUAAUUGCUCAUAUGCUUCUCUCUCUAUGUGAAUGAAUAUGGAUCUUUAUGAAAGGGAGGCCUUUUGUUGGGGGCCUUCCUCAUAUCUAAAGAGCUUGUAAAAUAGUAAGUCAGUAAAUAAAAGUUGAGUUGACCCACUUAGUACUACCUUACUCCCAGUACCUAGCAUUGCUUAAUACUACCUAGUACUCACAGAACUCAUACCCGCUUCAUUCAUUUAUAGUGCUUGAUUACCAUUAUAGAAAUGCUACCAACCUUAGCUUAUGCCUUGCCUAUGUCAGUGUACCCACUCCUCCAACAGACAAGCCGUAUGCACAGCAAACAUUGUGGCUGUCUGUCUGCCCUCUCCCGACUGUGUAGUCCUUAAACUUUAUCUUGAAUGUCAUGGACCUGGUGGUUCCCAUGGGUUCUUUGGAUCUUAUUUCAGAGACUCCUUUGAUGUGGGAUCUGAACACUUACUUAUAUCUGUGUAUAUGUAACUUCUGUUUUGCAAAAAAUGAUAUCAAUUAUUACCUACUGUUGCACUGACUUAUAGGUAGAUCAAUAGGAGAUUUAGAUGCCAUUAUGCUGUGAUUUUGAUGUUAUUUCAUUAGUUGCAUGGUGUUUUCAGACCUUGCAUAGACUAGUUACUUUUUAAAAGCACAUGCUAACAGCUCAGGAAUGCCUCCACAGUAGUCGAAAGGGAGGCAAUUUAAUAUUAUGAUCAAUUCUAGUUUUAGUUCUUUAGGUUUUGUGUUUCAUUGGUCAUAAAAAUAUAAACAUAUAAAGGUACAGUAUUAAUGUAACAUUAUUAAAAUAACAACUGCUGCCUGUUACCACUGUCAUGUAACAAAAGACAUUUUAACUCCAAAUAGUAAGGCUACAUGAUAACAGUAUGAACUGAAUAAAUUAAGCUUCAUUGCAGAACUUUAUGUUAGAUGUAUUCUUCUCAUUUUGCCUCAUAUGAUAGAACUUUUAUCAUACACCAGAACUGACCUAGUGUCUAACUUUUCACAUCUACUGCUCUAGAUAUCAAACUGACAUUUGUUUUAACAUUAAACAUUGUAAAAGGCUGACAGUUACUCUAGUGUUCAUCUAAUAUGCAGUAGAUUGACUGACAUUUGUUUUAGCAUUAAACAUUGUAAAAGGCUGGCAGUUACUCUAGUGUUCGCCUAAUAUGCAGUAGAUUAUGUUGUACAGGCUAGCCUAAUCUUCCAUUCUAUGUUGUACAGGCUAGCCUAAUCUCCCACUUCACACACUCUUAUCAAUGUGUGGUCCUAUCAUUUCUAAAAUAGCAAUACCAGCUUAUGGUCUCUCUUGAAUCCAGGGAGCUCAUGACUAUAGUUGAAAAUGGUUCCAUGUCAUUUCCAAUGCUAGAUUAUAGUAUGCUGAUUUGGCUUCUGCCUCAGUCUCUUAAGAUACUGCCCUAGAGACCAGUCUGUGGAGAUACCAACAGGGAAAGGAACUGAGGCUCAAGCCUACACCUCUGACUGUGCUCCGUCCAUUGCUCUCAACCUGCCCAGAUCUUGAAGGAGAGUCAUCUUGGAAAUGGAUUCUCCAAUCAAGCCCCUGUUUGAUGCUAUGUGGCGUGGAGACACACUUUCUCUGCCAAGUCCUACCAAAAUCAUGAACUUCUGAGAUAAAUAAAUGGUUUUGUUUUACGCUA